AUGAGGACCCUGGGUCUUGAUCCAGCUUUGCUGCGGCCUUCAGCACAUAAAUUCCUCCUGCGAUCUAAGGUGGCGCUGCCUUCGUUUCUCCGCAUCGUCCCGCUGGAAGAAGGGAAAGAAUUGGCACUGCGUUGCCUCAUUAGGCCCUGUGCUUCGAGUGAUUGUCACUUGCCACUUUGCAGCCAGCUCUAUGUGGCCUGCAGAAAUGGACAAGUAGGUGAAGCCCUCUUGGGCUUUCCGCUGUGCUGGAUAGUGAGGGACCUGACGAAUUCCAUAAGCUGCUCCCUGUCUUCCCAGCUGCCUAGUCGGGAUGUUCCAACCUCAGUUAUUCAAGUCUAUCACCAGGAAGAUUAGAUUAUAAGUGAAAUUAGCAUGUCUGGGUAUUACAUGUGUUUAUACCAUGUUACAAUGAAUAUUUAUAAAUGGAGAUUUUCUUUAUAA